UGUGCUUGCUGUCUCGCGCUGUCAUUAGAUAACUUUUCCAUGUGAUUAUCGCGAAUCGGUUUGCGGUGUUCAAACUCCGGCAUGUGAGAUUCUGGAUUACUUCCAUAAUAACGCAACCAAUUGCAAAUAUUUAUCCCGGAUUUUGCAAUGAAACAGCGGUGAUAUGAUUGGUGAAAAGUAAAUUAAUACCAGUGGACGUCUCACAGUGCUAUGUUCGAAGUCGAAAAUAUUGAAUUCAGACGUCUUGUUGGAUUUUGCCUCACUGUUGAUGUGUGUGAAAUAGAAAGAAUAUCAAAAAGCGGAACGAUCAGCUGCAGUUUGCAUUGAAUUUAGUGGAAAUAACAAAGGCAAUGUGGAAACAAAAAUUUUCAUGGUGAUAUAGAAUAAAUGCAUUCGGUGGACAACCCGAAGCAAGCUGUGUUGUGAAGAAGCACUAAAUAAACGGUUCAGAGAAUGGUGUGUAGUGUCCGCAUGAUACAUUCUCUUUUGCCAAAACGUGGCGUGGUGUUUUGAAGGAAAAGCAUUUCCAUUGACAUAAAUUACACCCACCGAUCUAUAGAGAGUUCAAAAAGCUACGAUCUCGGUUCUGGAGGAACUGCAGAUCCACAAGCCAGAACCGGGAUUUUUUUAGAUGAAUCGAGAACAUUCUGUUCGACAUUUCCAUUUGACUUCGACACAAAAGAGUUUAUACAAUGGAAUCGAGAAUGCUCAAACUAGCAACUGCUAGAACAGCACUAGCUUCUGCACGUAGCUUGGAAAGAUUUUCUGACGACAAAUCAAUUCGUAGUUUACAGUACAACAUACCAGCUGUUGGUCAUCACUAUGGCAAUGCAUUCGUUCUGGACGACGACGACGAUGAUGAUGAUGAUGAUGAAUUUCAUAAUUCUCCGUUCACUCCAUUAGACGCAUAUGGUCAAAGCAUGAAUAUGGCGAAUGCAACUUAUGGAGAAUACUGCGACGACGAUGAUGAAGAAGAAGAGGCUGAUGAGGAUGUCGCGAUGUCUCCGGCUAUAGAAGUUAUAUCAAUCGACCCCAACUGUGAUUAUGAUUCAGAAGAAGAAUAUGUAGAAACGGUGGACUCUAUGAUACCACAACAUUGCAUUGUUUCGAAUCAGCAAGAUAUAGAUGAUCUUGUUGAAAUGCCUGAAAUUGAUAAACCUGAGGUUCCUAAAAGUGAUGUGGUAGGACAACAAUGUAAUGGGGGUACGUUAGUAAAUUCUGUUAUUACCCAUUAUAACAAAAACGUAGUCGCUGAGAACAAGCAACAUAGUACGGAUUUCAAUGAUAUCGAACGGGAGUUGGCGCUUCUGCAUCAUGAUUCGGGAGAGGAAGAUAUUGCCAAUGACAAUAGAAGUGGAAGUAGAUGCAGUAAUAGCAGUACUAGCAGCAGCAGCAGCAGCAGCAGCAGUAGUAGUAGUAGUAGCAGUAGCAGUAGCAAGAGCAGCUUCAGCAGUAGAAGAAGUUGCAGCAGCAGCAGCAGCAGGAGCAGUAGCGAGAAUAGUCAUAAGAGCAACAAUAGCAAUGCUUCCAAAUCGAGAAAACGGUCAGCGUCCGCAACGUCUAGUCAUCCAAGCGAAUUUGUUCACUUAUCUGAUCGGGAAGACGCAGACAUAAAAAAGGCUGAAAGUUUGACACGGAUACGGGAACGUCGCAAACUAAUAGCAAUCGAUCGUCGGAAACGUACUGCUAGUACCAAUAGAAAUUCAUUUUCUUUACCACAUUCACCGGUCAACGUGGAAAGUAGUAAUCUGAUGCAUGAAAUGACAAGUUUAAGUUUCGAAGACUUUGAUAUGUCCGCUUUAGUAACUGACCUGAGUCCUUUGAAAAGUACGGUACGUGUUAAUGAGUCGGAUGAUAAAUUAGUAGAAGAGUUUGCCAAUAGUAACUUUGAUUUGGCUGCCUAUAUCACAGAAGAUGAUUUCCUCACGACCGAUUCAACUACGUCUUCUGGACACGCAGAUGAACGCCAACAUAAAAGAGACCAGCGACAGCAACCAAAACUUUCACCGAUGAAAAAGCAUCCUAGAUCUCGUGGUAAGCAGCUGAAGCUGCUCAGAGAACUUAUGCUAUCGCCGAAACCCGACGCGCACAAAUCAGAAGCCACAAGAAGAAGUUGCACAAAUAAAACUCGCCGGAUAGUGGAAAGUAGUGAUGCUGAAUCCGAAGAAUCGUCAUCAGAAAUUGACAGUAGAGCAUGUGUAAAUAUAUUUGGAGUCGAGCGAUCGAUCGGAAAGCCCAAGCGGAAGGAUGAUGAUGUAAAGACCGAUCCCACAUGGAACCCUAAUGGAACUACUUCAAACUUGAAACCUACUCAGCGAUCAAAUCCUGUUCAAAAACACUCAAUUUCUUCCCCAACCACUCACACCACCCAACCCGAAAAUCCCCAAUCAAUGAAUCAUAUUAUUAACCCCGAUACCAAUGCAAUGCAGAUCAGUCACACAACCCCACUGAUUUUUAGUGAUACUUCUAAGCCUCCGAUUUCGUCGAGCAACAAAAAUAAGCUAACAAACAGCAAUAGUUCACAGCACCGCGGUAAAGGGAUAUCGAUGAUGGCGAAAGGUAAACUAGCAGCACAGUCUAACAAUCAUACAGUGGUAAGCGAAACUCAGCAGAAAUCCAAACAUAAAGACCUAGGAUUACACAAAAAGAAAUCUCCAACUACCACUAAUGUUAAACUCGAUCAUGAUUACUGUUCACCGAAGAAAGGAAUUCAAAGCUCAAUGGCACCAGUACCACGGCGAAGAGCGAUUGAAAUUCCUUUCCUGCUUCCUAAUAUAGAACAGAUGCGAAUGAAGAAAAAAGGGAAACUCUCGAAAAAGAAAAAAGAAAUUAUGGAUGAUAAAACGGGUAACGACUGUGAUAGGAGUAGUCAGAAUGUAGAGAUUAACAAAAAACCCGAAGAAAUCCAGACCCGCACAGAAAGUGUAGAUGCCAAAAGCACGAUUGAGCCAGUUGCACAAGCGAGUACUGUUAAAGAAGCUAACGAAAAGGUAGUUAUCGAUGUUGCACAUCAAUCACCCGUUCAACCAACAAAGAAACAAGUUUCACUGUUGAAAGUGAAUCAGAAUAAACCUUGUGAGACUCAAACACCGGAUGAUCGUCCCAUCAAAACGGAAAUGUCUAGUGACAAGUUCAAUUCCGAAAUUAUCGUCAGUGAUGCCAAUAGCAGAAACAAUGAUUGUAUAGUUAAAGUGAAAAAGAAACUCAAUCUCCAAGAAUACAAAAAGCGGCGAGAAUUCCCGGCAGAUGAUGCGAACAUCGAUCUUCUCAAUGCGGAGAGCAAAUGCAGCAUUAGCAGUUUGUCCACAGUGUGCGAAUCAAGUAGCAAGAAGGAAGUUAGCAGUGUAGCAGCAAAUGAAUCGGAUGUGAAGACACAGGUUCCACUUGCAACCCUACUAGAAACGGGCAGUACCCAAAAUAAACCUACGAAUAAAAUUCCUCUAGAUCCCAUCUCAGCAGCUAAACUCAAGGCAUUACGUAUGCAGCAACUUAAGAAAGAAGCGGCUAUCAAAUCAACCGAGGCUAAAAUUAUUCCAAAAACAGUACCGGAGAUUUUGCCCCUGGCGGAGAUUACAUCGAUUAAAUUCGAUGAGCAUGGAAAUCCUUUACCGUAUGAUAAAAACGCAGAGAAAGCCAAUAGUAUGAAGUUGCAUGAGGAUUACGAGGAAAUUAUAAUUGUUUCAGUAGGAUGCAACACGGAAAUAGUCAUCAAUCCAGCUGAAGCAAAUCUGGAAAUUGAAAAAUCUUGCACAGAACACCAUGAAAUGAGCAUUCCUAAAAACAACCUUCUAUCCACCAUUGAAAAAUGUCAAUCUUCUGUUCCAGCGAUUAUUGGAAGUAGUUCGUUGAUAUCCAGUAUUCAUGAAGUGGUAAUUCGUAAAAAUACUUCACAUAAGUUGGACGCAAAAGAUCAUUCAAUAACGGCAACUUCUGAAAAGCAACCUGUUGGCGGCGGACAAGCUAGUCAGCAGGGUUCACCUAACAUAGGGGUUUUGCCCACCAACGCUUAUUCUCCUGGCAAGCCAGAGAAGGCAGGAGGUGCUUAUGAGCAGUCUCCCCGUGUUGAGUGUGAUGAAACCCAGGUACAACGAUCGAUAGCAGAAAACAAGCAGGUCGAACAUGGUGAGGAUAAAAUUAUUAUGCAUUUACACAAAGAUCGCCAACGAGCUAAAGGCGUGACUAUAGGAAUCCAAACAUUACCUUUGGAUCGAUUUCCUGCAUUGAAACUAAUAUCUCCGAUGAAGAAGGAAAGGCCGGUUUCUCGUAGCAGUUGCGGUUCUUCCCAACGUGAUCGCAGUCAACAGAGCAUUGAAAGAAAUCGUGAACAUUCACGUCAGCAGUACCGAAGGCGUCAAAGUAGAAGUAGCUCAUCAGAUUCGGAUACCCAAACUGCAUCGCACCGGAGUCGCGGCAAAAGAUCAUCAUCAAGACGAAGUCCUAGUCGAUGCAGUUCGAGACGUAGAUCUAGAUCACGAUCGAGAUCCUAUCAUCGUCGGAGUCGUAGUGACUCACGUCGUCGAAGAUCAAGUAUAUCAUCCGAACGACGUCAUUACUAUGAUCGUGAUUAUAAUAGACGCGACCGCAGGCGGCAAAGAUCUAGGAGCAGAUCUUCUAAUUCUAGUAGUUACAGCUCUCGUUCACGAUCAAGAUCGCGCGCGAGUAGGUCGCGCUCACGAUCUAUGACGCGACCAUUAUCACGAAUCAGAAAUCCAAUGCGUAAUGAUUAUCGGAGGUAUGGAGUAUCGCCAGAGCGAAAAAUCGUUUAUGUGGGUCGUUUAGAACCCGAAUUGAGGAGGGAAGAUCUGAAAAGAAAAUUUAUUCAUUAUGGACGCAUCAAACAAGUGACACUUCACUACAAAGAAUCUGGUGCGAAAUAUGGCUUUGUGACUUUUGAAAAGCCGCAGGAUGCGUACAAAGCUAUUGAUGCCAGUUCUCAGGACCCCAAUUUGACUGAAUACGAUGUUAGUUUUGGAGGGCGUCGAGCUUUCUGUAGAACGGAAUAUGCCGAUUUAGAUGGCGAUUUGUCUCAUAAUCAAGACGCGAUCACUUAUGUUGCUUCAGAUGGAUCUCUAGUAGUGCCUCCAAAUCCUUUAGAUGCUCUAAGACGUAAAGGCGGAGGGGAAACAUUUGAGGAUAUGCUCAAAAAGCUGAAGAAAGAAAUCAGUGACAAAAAGGCGCGCAAAUCCUGACCUAUUUGUCAAUAUUGGAUAGUGGUUCUAUUCCAACCUGGAAAACCCAGAAAAAAACACCGCCCUGCCACAUUUGGAUAUACCUCUAGAGUUUUAGUAUUGCUGCUUUUUUACAUUUUUUGCUCUUCGUUUAGUUUGGUUUGAUUUAGAAGAAUCGCAACAUUUCAUUCUCUUCGUAAAGUUGGCAGUAUACUCUGUUCUUAAAAUCAUAAUCAAUCAGUUGCUAUAAAUUUAUUUAAUUCAUUGUGCAAUUGAAUAAUUUUUUCGAAUAUUUAUAUUAUCAGAUUUCAAUUGUGUUCCAAAUUUUUCAUAACAACUGAACUGGUGCCAUUUGAAGUACACUUUAAAGUAAAUCAUAGCUCAUGUAAUCAAUGUAGAUUGUGUCGGAUUCAAUCAACUGAAAAAUAUUCAAUACGAAAUUGAAAUGGAAUUACAACUCAUACACAAUGAUGACGUGAUACAUUUAUAAUGGUGCCUCUCCAGUUGUAGGUGCGUUAGUUUUAUGUUUUCACUUGUAUAUGCGAGAUUCUCGAAAUAAGUUGCAAAUGGCAUAAUGAUGAAACAAUAUUUGGCACAUUGUAACAAACUUGUUAUUACCGUUUAUGUACAUAGAAAUAUAUGAUAUUGUUAUGAAAAUUUAAAAUAGACAUGAACGUUCAUCUUAAUGUUCUAAUACCAACCAAUUCCUAUCGAGGCUUUGUUGAAAAGGAUAACCUCUCCGUCUGCUGAUUAUGUUGGAAAUAUAAUCGAUUGAUGCGAUAAACAAACAAACAGAUACGCCGGGUAAUCGCGUUUCUCUAUGUUAAUCAGAGAGGAAGACUGGCGACUAUCCCGUAUCGAGUAGUCUCAAAACUAACAAAAAAAAAUAAGAAUAUCGUACGAUCAUGCUAAAUCGAUAAAAAAAAUACUGACAAGCUGUUGAGAUAGAAUCAUGAAAGCAGUUUUAAAAUCUGUGAUUUUUUAAACUAGGAAGACAAUAUGUUCGAUUGUUUGAAACAGUUAUUUUCAGUAAUGCAGUAGACAUAUUUACCUCUACUAAGCCCAAUUUGUAAAUCAACUUAUGGCGUUAUUUACCCGUGUAUGUAGGCUAAAAUAUCAUUAACAAAAAUAUUGUUAAGUAGGAAGAAAAUGAGAAACUUUAGCAAUUCAACCCUCUUUAUAUAUUUUUUUUUUGUCUUUUCUUCAUAUUAUUUCGUGUAAGUUAGAUAUUGAGUUCGCAGUAUAAACCGUGUCUGACAUUUUUGUUGACAAAUAAAAGUCUGAAAUGUG